AUGAAUUAGAAGGAAAGACAUUCUAAAGAAGAAGAUGAUGAUUUUACACUUGAUAUUUCGAAUGCUGAACCAUUAGAAUUAGAUGAUCAAUAUACAAAAUCAAAAUCAAUUGGUUGGGGAAGAUGCCAUCCAAUGAUGUUUAGGAAAGGAAUUCCUGCUAUUAUUAUUGGACCACAUUGUAAGUUAAGUUUUGAUUUUAAGGGCCUUUGUUUAUUUUUGCUUUUCUUUUAUUUUUUUUAAUGGGAGGACUCUUUAUUUUCCUUAGGAUUAGUGAUGAUCCAUUUAUAUUUUAUAGUACUCUUAUUAUUAGUAUUAAUCAAUGUAUCAGUUAUCUUAUUGUUGGAUUAAUCAACCCUGGAGUUGCAAAUAUAGAGAGAAAUGAUUUAGAAAAGAAUAGUCAAAAAACAUGGUAACCUAAUUUCAUAUGGAAAGGUAUUGUAAAGUAUGUAAGUUGAUUCAAGCAAAAGAAACUUAACAUUGCUAAGAUUGUGAUGUUUGUAUAUAAGAAUUUGAUCAUCAUUGUCCUUGGACUGGAAAAUGCAUUGGUAAAGGCAAUAUUAAAUAAUUUUAUUAUUUUAUCAUAAGUACUGCAAUAUUUAUGAUUUUUAACCUUGUGUUAAUUUUGGUAAAAAUUAAAGAAUAGGAAUCUAAAAUAUAAAAAUAACAAUGA